UUACACUUUAGAACAACCUAAAACAUCAUUAUUUUUUUAAUUUUGAAUGUUCAAAGAAUUGCCAAUGUCUUUACCAAUUAAUAUUCUUUACCUCUUUCUCGCCCUUUUUGCCACUGCAACUUCAAGAAUUGACGAGCCAUCAGCCUAUGAAGAGCUAAAGCGUUAUGAUUUCCCAAUAGGGAUUCUACCAAAAGGUGUAAAAGACUACAAAUUAAACGCAAAAACCGGUGAAUUUUCAGCUUAUCUUAAUUCAACAUGCAGCUUCAAAUUGGUAAACUCGUAUCUACUAAAUUACAAGCCUGUUAUAAAAGGUGUUAUAUCAAAAGGAAGGCUUAGGAAAUUGAGUGGUGUAAGUGUUAAGGUUGUGUUGUUAUGGCUUAACAUCGUUGAAGUUAAACGUAAAGGUAACAAUCUUGAGUUCUCAGUUGGGUUAACGUCGGCUAUUUUUCCAAUUGAAAAUUUUGAGGAAUGUCCACAGUGUGGGUGUGGAUUGGAUUGUGAUAAUGAGGGUGACAAUCUUGUGUCUUCUUUCUAGAUUAGGUACUUAGGUCUUUGAUGAAGGUAAUUGGAUUUUUGUUUUCCAAUUAUGUUUUUGUUUUUCUAAGUUGUUUGUUUCAUUGUAGUGGAAUCCUUUUUUCAAUAUCUAUGGUACUUGAGGCCAAUUUGUAC